UAUGUCUCCAAAUACUACAAAGACCUGAAGAAGUCCUCGUCGGCCAAGCAGUUGACAAUCGGAGCCAUCAGUGGGUGGACCGCGGGCUUUGUUUUGGCCAAAUUUGGGAGGACUGCCGGUGCGGCCAUUGGCGGCACAUUCCUCCUCCUCAAUUUGGCUCACUAUAACGGAUACAUAAGAGUCGAUUGGAAGCGAUUGAAUCGAGACUUGGAUUUAGCCAAAAAGGAGUUUAAUAAACGCAAGGAUAAGGAGUUCCCGCAUAUGGUCUCUAAAGUGAAACGCUUUGCUUCAGACAACGCUGUGAUGGCCUCAGGAUUUGCCGGCGGUUUCCUUCUCGGCCUCUCUUCCGCUUAAAUGCCAUUCCUUUCAUUAUAUCUCUAUUUUAGUCGUCUUUUAAUCCCUUCAAUCACUUGCCAUCAGAUGUCAUAUAUUUUGGUUUCAUUUGCUCGCAAACUAUUAUUAUUUGCAUAUAAUUUCAAUUCAAUAAAUAUACUGUAUUUCAAAACUUACAAGGUAAUCCUAUAGCUCUCUCGCUCUCUCUCUCGCUCUCUCUCUCUCUCAUGUUUGUGAAGUUUAUGAAUAUUGUGAAUGCUAUCAAGUUUAUGGCUAACUAUAGAAAAUAGUUAUAUAGAUGUGAAUGGAGCACAAAUGCCAACAGUGAUUAAUACGGAUACAAUGUUUGACUUAUCAAAAGUGUGCCGCACUAUAACUAUAAUACCGAUAUAUUUGUGAAUGUCAUCCCUGGCCUACCUGUACGUUAAGUCCGGUUCCAGAAUAAAAUCUGUUACAAAGCUUUCAGAAUAACAAAUAAUUUUUUAAUUAAAUCUUUGACUAGAAUUUAAUUAUUAUCGUCG